UUUCGAUUACCGACCUUGACGUAAGCAGAUUGCGCUAGCCCGAUCAAGGAGCAAGCUGUGCGGACAAGGGUCGCGGCAGUUUAGUAAUGAGGGGCAAAUGCUUUGCGACACAUCGCAAUUGGAGAGAGCGUUGCUGAAGGAGCAUUGGUCAAGGGGGGCAGACAAGGAUGGCGGGAACAUUCACGAUAUUUCUAGUGUUUUGACGGGCCCUUCUCUUUUUCCCUCUUUUCUAUUUUCGUUUCUCCAUAAGUAGUUCUAGCUUUGCUCGUCCCCUCCCUGAGAUGAGAUCUUUUGCAUCGUUUACCAUCGCCGUCAUCGUCGGACUCUGCUCCAUCUUCCUGUUCUGCGACCACAUUCUCGACCUCGUCGCAUGCAGCUCCUCGAUAUCGCAACUACUCGACACCAUCCUCGACAGAAACACACUGAAGGAAACGCAAGCAGAAGCGCAUACGACUACUACAGACCCAGUUCCUGAGCAUCUGCUGCAGUCCUACAAACUCGACCUGCCACCCGACACCUUCCUCUACGCCACCAACAUGUCCGUCGCGCGCGCCAUCCGCAAGGUCUUUCUGGCCGUCGAGCAAGCCGAGGGCGCGGGCGCCCGCGUGCGCCGCUCCGUCGGCACGCCGCAGCUGCGCAACUUCUCGCCCUUCUUGAUGCUCGACCACUUCAGCGUCAAGCCGGGCGCGGGGUUCCCCGACCACCCGCACCGAGGCCAGGAGACCAUAACGUACCUGCUCGAGGGCGCCGUCGACCACGAGGACUUUGCCGGGAACAAGGGCACCAUCGGGCCCGGUGACCUGCAGUUCAUGACGGCCGGGCGCGGCAUCAUGCACGCCGAGAUGCCGGCGCAGAACACGGAUGGCUCGGCCAACGUCGGCCUGCAGCUGUGGGUCGACCUGCCGACGCGGCUCAAGAUGUGCGAGCCGCGGUACCGCGACCUACGCGCCGACGAGAUCCCGUCGGUCGACGUCGACGACAACAAAGUGCACGUCAAGGUCAUCAGCGGGCAGAGCCACGGCAUCGACAGCGUCAAGGACCUGGCGUACACGCCCGUGUGGAUCCUCGACGUGACGGUACAACCCGGCGGCAAGGUCGCGCAGCCGCUGCCGGCCGGCUGGAACGCCUUCGCGUACGUGCUCGAAGGCCAGGCGCUGUUCGGCGAGGCCAGCAACCAGACCGCCGUUGAGCAGUUCAACAACGUCGUGUUCGAGCCCGCCGGCGACGUCGUGUACGCCGAGGUCGACGCCGGCGCCGAGAAGAGCGCCCGCUUCGUGCUCAUCGCCGGCACGCCGCUCGACCAAAAGGUCGUCCAGUACGGCCCGUUUGUCCUCAACUCGCAGGAGGAGGUCUACCAGGCAUUUAUGGACUACCAGACGCAGACGAACGGGUUCGAGCGCGCUAAGGGCUGGGAGAGCGAGAUUGGGAAAUCGAUGGUGCACUAGACGAGACCGGGCUUCAUCUGUUCGAUGAGGGGAGAGGUGCAUUUUGCUUUGCUUUGGGCUAGGGAAAUGAAUUCGGUGUUUUUAUGCGCAUGGCAUUGCCUUUUGCGGUUCGGGUUUCUGUCUCUUCCUGUAUAUAGAUGCUUUGCUCCGACAGGGAAAACAGUUGGCGUAGUUUCAUAAAUGAGGAAUCAUCACUACCAAGA